ACUCAUUAAUGAUUAAUGGACCUGCUCUGCUUAAUCCUGUUUAGUGGUCCUGAGUAGCACAAGGAGCAGUCAAGAUCAGAUGGACACCCCAGGCUCCUUUUUGUUGCACUAAAGCGUUCAACGGAAAAUGAAGCCCACUUUGUGUUUUUUGCUGGCUGGACUGUAUAUUGUUGCCCAGUGUCAUCAGCGCCCUUAUCACCACAAUAAGCAGGAUGAUCCUAAAGGGACAUAUUACCCAGAACAUAGUUCUCGUAGUGAAGGAGUUUAUCCAGAUAAAAAUAAAACCUUUAUCAAACUAGCUUCCAGCAAUACUGACUUUGCGUUUGCAUUUUACAAGUUGGUCACAUCCAAGGCAACCGAUAAAAAUAUUUUCUUUUCACCCAUAAGCAUCUCUACUUCCUUUGCAAUGGUGGCACUUGGUGCCAAAUCAGCAACACUGAUGCAGGUUCUGGACGGACUUGCCUUUAACCUGAAAAAGACUCAGGAGGAGGAAAUACAUGAAGGUUUUUGCCAACUCCUCAGCAUGCUGAAUCGCCCAGAGAGUGAGCUCCAGCUGAGCCUGGGCAGUGCCCUUUUUAUAGAUGAGGCACUAAAACCACUACAGAAGUUUUUGGAUGAUGUUAAACGCUUUUAUGAAUCUGAAGUCUUUUCUAUUGACUUUAACAACUCUUCUGGUGCUGAGAAUCAGAUCAACAGUUAUAUCAAGGAAAAAACAAAUGGGAAAAUUGUUAAGUUAGUGGAAGAUCUUGAUCCUGUCACUGCGAUGGUUCUUGUUAAUUAUGUCUUCUUCAAAGCCCAUUGGGAAAAACCCUUCAGUACUUUAUACACAAAACGGGAGGAUUUUUUUGUGGAUAAGAAAACGUCUGUAAAAGUUGACAUGAUGUAUCGGAAGGGUUACUACAGAAAUUACUACGAUGAAGAGCUGUCCUGUUGGCUGGUACAGAUACCUUACAAUGGAAAUGCUGCAGCAUUACUUGUUUUGCCCGAUGAAGGGAAGAUGAAGCAGGUGGAAGAUGCUCUCUUGAAGAGAACUGUGUCUCGAUGGGAGAAGUUCCUCCUAGACAGAAAAAUACAUCUGCACAUUCCUAGAUUUUCUAUUUCUGGUACCUAUGAUGUAAAAAAGAUAGUCAAACAAAUGGGGAUGAUUGAUCUAUUCACCGAACAAGCUGAUCUGUCAGGAAUUACUGAGGAGCCUGGACUGAUGGUUUCAAAAGUGAUCCAUAAAGCCUUGUUAAAUGUUCAUGAGAACGGCACUGAAGCAGCAGGAGUCACGGUAAAGGAAAUUAUAUGGAGAUCUGGUGAAUUUCCUGCUCCGCGUCGAGUCAAAUUCAACAGGCCCUUUCUCUUGAUGAUUCUGGAUAAAUUCACCCACACCAUCCUCUUCAUAGGGAAAAUUGUAAACCCUCUGAACUGAUUGGCCAGGGGGCAUGCUGUAGCACUUGCAUACAGUGCUAGCAGUGAUCCGGCAAAACACUUACACAUACACACGGCUAGGUACUAGUGCAUUUCUUUCAACCAUUAUCAUUAUAUGUUUAUAAUCCCUUAAAACAUAGACACUGUUUUUUCUUGCCCAAUAGUUACUGAUAUUUCCUCCUUGUCUACGGCUGUACACAGCUUGCAGCAUUAAAAAACAUAAGUCACCUUUCCUCUGUUCUGUAAGAAGCCUUUUCUGCCAUGCUCCGGUGGGGUAGUUGAGAUGCUUGAACACUCUCAGAUGAUCUACCUUACACUGCACACUCAGUGUGCUCAGGGAAGGGCAGGGAAAGGGAAUUAGGGAAAAGGAAGUGGGAGGCUGUGAGUCCUGGCUGUUUAAUCCACUGACUUUUGACAGGUGAUCUCAGCUGUAGAUUCCCUUAAUAACACAGUGAAUUCCAUUCCUUUCUUUGUUUUUUGCCAAGCAUGGCAUGAAGGAUGGCAGUCUGGGACACUGUAGGACACCCCGAGAAGGGUUUAUUGGUACAGCUCUUCUAGCUUGCCUUCCCUGUCUUUUCCUGAUAUGAAACUCUCCUCAUGCAGACAAGGUUGUUUUGCCUUGUAAAUGAUAUUUGUUCUACAAACAAAGGAAGCAAUACCAGCAACAAGA